AUGAAACUCAUUGUCCAAAGAGUCAAAUCGGCAUCCGUGACAGUCGAUUCAGAGUUGGUUUCCUCUAUUGGCAAGGGCCUUCUUGUAUUUGCUGGAAUUGGCAAAGAAGAUACCGAGAAGGAUGCGGAGAACCUCGUGAACAAGGUCUUGAAGGCCAAGUUCUGGCCCGAUGAGAAUGGAGUACAAUGGAAAAAGAAUGUCCAGGAGAUUGAGGGGGAAGUACUAUGUGUCUCCCAAUUCACCCUCUAUGCAAAAAUGAAAAAAGGCAACAAACCCGACUUUCAUGAUGCAGCUGGUCCCGAAACUGCACGCAAAAUAUAUGACUUCUUCUAUGAUAAAAUGGGGCAAGGCUAUACUCCAGACCGGGUCAAGAAUGGUGUCUUCCAGGCUAUGAUGGAUGUUGAACUGAAGAACGACGGGCCGGUCACAAUCGAAAUCAAUACCAAUCUCCCCAAAAAGGAACCCAAGGAACCCAAGCAGCAGAGCAACGGAGACAUGAAGUUUGAUGAAGAGGAAACUAAGGGAUCUUUUGAAUUCCAAAUUCCUCCUGAAUUGCUGCAGUGA